UACUGCCUGGCCAUGGGAAAUGAGGCCAGUUACCAAACUGAGCUCUGCAACCACUUCGACCAGGAAGAGAUUAGAAGGCUGGGCAAAAGCUUCAAGAAGUUGGACUUGGACAAAUCGGGCUCCCUGAGCGUAGAAGAGUUCAUGUCGCUGCCUGAGCUGCAGCAGAAUCCGCUGGUGGGCCGAGUGAUCGACAUCUUUGAUACAGACGGCAACGGGGAAGUGGACUUCCAAGAGUUCAUCAUGGGCACCUCCCAGUUCAGCGUCAAAGGUGACGAAGAGCAGAAGCUAAGGUUCGCCUUCCGAAUCUACGACAUGGAUAAUGAUGGCUUCAUCUCCAACGGGGAGCUCUUCCAGGUGCUUAAGAUGAUGGUGGGAAACAACCUCAAGGACUGGCAGUUGCAGCAGCUGGUGGACAAAAGUAUCUUAGUCCUGGAUAAGGAUGGUGAUGGCCGGAUAUCCUAUGAAGAGUUCAGUGAUGUGGUCAAAACCAUGGAGAUCCACAAGAAAUUGGUCCUGUUUGCAGAACACGGUCAAGAAGACUAAACGCUUAAAACUAAGAAAAUGUACAUCUUUGCCUUUCUUUCUCGAGGUUGUAUAUGUGGGAGAAGACAACAAUUCUCAUGGAGUAUUAGGAACUCCAUGUAUUUACCUGUGGCACUCAGACUGUUAACAGAUUGAUAACUUCCUGUUGUAACAACUAGCAAAAAUAUAUUUAUCUUUGCUUAGUAUCCUUUAA